AUGAGCUACAAGCACUUUACUGUACAUGAUAUCAUUGAUUUCAGUUCUAGAGUGAUGUCUAGUCUGAACAAUCGUGUUAACAAUAUGAAAUGGAAGUACUCAGCGGACGUGAUAAUACUAACAGAUUGGUAUCUCAAUUACCAUGCAGCACAGGGCACCAUUUCUGCUAGUGAGUUUACUCAAGUUGUGCAGUCAACAUCUUGGUGCUCUCGCACAUCCUAUGACUCUGUAUAUGAAGCUGUAGAGAAACUGCUGGAAUUUGCUAGCAGUGGUGGUGAUGCGUUAAAGACAAUUUCGCAGGAUGAUUUAAUGAAACUGAUUUCUGAAGUAGAUUUUGCCAAGCUGAGCCAAGAUAUAUUAGAAAGAAUGUCAAAGAGUCGUUUCAUUCCCAUGAAGGUCACUAUGGAGGGGGCCAUCAGUGUGUGCUCCCAACUCAGACAACAACUUCAAACGUGCAAAUCGGUUCUGAGGUCUGUGCUAGACAAACAGAAAUAUCAGACAGUUCGUAAUCACUUGAAAGAGAUGUUGUUGCAAGGUGGAGUCAAUUUUGCCAACGAACUUUGA